AUGAACUAUCCUACAACUUCGGAAAAGAGUAGCAUGUUGAUUGCUGAUAGGGACGAGGACUCUUCAACCUCAGCUCUUGCUUCAUCUUCAAUGUUGGAUCUACCUCCAUCAUACGAUACAACCCAACCUCAACCAGCACCUCAACUCCAAUAUGAUCAACAAACACAACUCUCGGAAGACCUACCUAUUCUUGUCAUCGACGACUGCAGAAUCUACUCUGCGUAUGCACCGACCCGCACUCUUUAUCAACUGAGCAACCCAGUAGCCGACGCCAACCGUACCAUCUACGGUAUCGAGAAAUUUCGCUAUCGUGUCGAUGACACAGGCACUGAGUCCAAACUCAAGCAUGUUGAAGAUCAUAUCUACGACAUAAGCCGUGAGGUUCAACUCAGGGCACUGCCAACUAUUCACAUCAAAGGCUUUACAAGCAGCAAGCGCACAUACAAGAGCGUCAACAUUGUAGACGCCACAAAAGUAGGGGGAGGCUACAAGGUUGAGCACGAUAAUGCCGACAAAGAUGAGCUACUUCGAACUGAGCGGCCGUUCAAAGAUCUUCUCAACCAAGGACGCGGCAACACUGUCGAAUGGAAGGAUGCUUCGGGACAAGUCAUUGCUAUCGAGACGAAGCUGCAGCGUGACGACAACAAGAAUAUUGUGGAACCGCCCCGUCUUGCCAUCAAAGCGUCGAUUAACGACAAGCUUUAUGAUUUGUUGGUGACGAGUUGUUAA